UCAGAUACAAGAAAUGAACAUAAGUUAAAUUCAGUCGUUGGACACGGUCAUAAUUGAAUGCAAUAAUUUCGUGAAAUAAGUUAACCAUUUCAAUGAUUUGCUACAGAUUUAUUGUUUUAAUUGUUGUUGUGACAAUUCUUGACAUUUUACACUGGGCUAAAGCUGAGGUUACAAAUGGAUCUCCACCAUCAGAAUUUAUAGCUCUUGGUACACUGUACCCGAUAGGAGGAACUUGUUCGAAACCCGACAAAGAACACAAAUUUCCGGACGAUUUCAUUUGGGGGGCGGCCUCGUCGGCUUAUCAAAUUGAAGGAGCGUGGAAUGUUGACGGCAAGGGAGAAAGCAUCUGGGAUCAUGUAUGCCAUACCGAUCCGACAAAAAUUAUAGAUCAAACGAAUGGCGACACGACAGCCAAUUCGUAUGAAUUCUAUAAAGAGGAUGUACGCGCUCUCAAAAAUACCGGAUUUAAAUUCUAUCGCUUCUCAAUCAGUUGGCCAAGGAUACUACCAAAUGGAAGCCAUACAAAUAUUAACGAACUGGGCCUUCAAUACUAUGAUAAUGUAAUCAACGAACUGUUAGCCAACGGUAUACAGCCAAUCGUAACGAUGUUUCACUGGGACUUGCCUCAAGCGUUACAGGAUUUUGGAGGCAUGUUAAAUCCAGUCAUUGUUGACUAUUUUGUCCAAUAUGCAAAACUUUCGAAUUGUAGAGUAACAUGA